AGAACAGGAGCCUCCCUCCAGGAGAGAGGACCCUGUGCCCACAGCAGCUGCUGCUUUUCUCCAGAAUUUCGGCACGCCAGGUGAGUGGGUCGGGGGCAAUGGCGGAGCAGAUCUGAGCGUCCUCCCAGUGUCGACAGAAAAAGUUCACGUGAGAGUCUGACGCAGGUGACAACCUUGAAGGGACCACAGGCUGGCACGAUGCGUGUGGUGGUGAUUGGAGCAGGCGUCAUUGGGCUGUCCACUGCCCUCUGCAUCCACGAGCGCUACCACUCUGUCCUGCAGCCCCUCGAUGUGAAGGUCUACGCAGACCGCUUCACCCCGUUCACCACCACUGAUGUAGCUGCUGGCCUCUGGCAGCCCUACACCUCUGAGCCCAGCAACCCACAGGAGGCGAACUGGAACCAACAGACCUUCAACUAUCUCCUGAGUCACAUCGGUUCUCCCAAUGCUGCAAACAUGGGUCUGACCCCAGUCUCAGGCUACAACCUCUUCCGUGAAGCUGUUCCGGACCCUUACUGGAAAGACAUGGUCCUGGGAUUCCGAAAGCUGACUCCCAGAGAACUGGACAUGUUUCCUGAUUAUAGAUAUGGCUGGUUCAACACAUCCCUGAUUCUGGAGGGAAGGAAGUACCUACAGUGGCUGACAGAAAGGUUAACUGAGAGGGGAGUGAAAUUCUUCCUGAGGAAGGUGGAAUCUUUUGAGGAGGUGGCAAGAGGUGGCGCUGAUGUGAUUAUCAACUGCACUGGGGUGUGGGCUGGGGUGCUGCAACCGGAUCCCCUGCUGCAGCCAGGCCGGGGGCAGAUCAUUAAGGUGGAUGCCCCUUGGCUGAAGAACUUCAUUAUCACCCAUGACCUAGAGAGAGGCAUCUACAACUCUCCAUACAUCAUUCCAGGGCUGCAGGCAGUGACACUUGGAGGCACCUUCCAGGUGGGGAACUGGAAUGAGAUAAAUAAUAUCCAGGACCACAACACCAUCUGGGAAGGCUGCUGCAGACUGGAGCCCACACUGAAGGAUGCAAAAAUUGUUGGUGAAUAUACUGGCUUCCGGCCAGUACGCCCCCAGGUUCGGCUAGAAAGAGAACAGCUUCGCUUUGGAUCUUCAAACACAGAGGUCAUCCACAACUAUGGCCAUGGAGGCUAUGGGCUCACCAUCCACUGGGGCUGUGCCCUAGAGGUGGCCAAGCUCUUUGGGAAAGUCCUGGAAGAAAGGAAUUUGCUCACAAUGCCACCAUCCCACCUCUGAAGACAUCAGUGACCACCGCCUCCCCCACAAAACUCCCUGCUCCCCUCAGCCAACUACUCAAUGUGCUCCAUUGAUUCCCGUUCCCCCUCCUCCACCCCUGGCUCCUUUCUGCAAGAAGCACGAGGUGAGAGGAAACCAUGAGAUCAGUUCCUGGAGGCAAGUCCAACCCUACCUGGGGCCCCUCUGAUGGCUGAAGUCUUUCCACCAUCGUGGGCCUGACAUUACAAAGAACAGCUGGAGGCUCUUAUCCCACAAGUCCGCAGAAAGAAGGAAAGCUCAGGAAAUUCCAGUGGUGAGCAGAAAAUUGGGGAUGGAUGGGGUUAAGUAACCUCAUGAGAAAUCACGCUAACACAUUAAAAGUUCUGAAAAGUCCCACAGCUAAGACAUCGAACUGAUGUCAUUUGGUCCAGUCUUCCUAAACCUAUCUGGCUAUGGAAACUUUUGUCCCAGAGCACCACAGAACACACUUUAUGGAACAUUGGAACAGAUUCCAUGGCAGGAAGUUAUAGGUGGAGCUGGAGGGUGGAGGAGACAGAAGAGGCAAGUCACUGAACUAGCAACGGGGGACACCUGUCCCACAUCCAGGAUUAUCAAUGGCAUCAGCUUCCCACUGGGUGGCGCCGUGGGCACCAUGUAACCCUUGAGGAGGGCCCACAGGAGAGAUGAUCCCAAAGGGAAACUUCAUAGAGAAUUAAAGUCACCAAGCAUGCUUCAUGCUUGGGUCUCCCUCACCUUCUAGCUGGCACCCUCUGAGAUGGCAAACAGACUUCCAGAUGUUUUGGAAAGCCUUGAGUGAGCCCAGAAGACCCCUUAGCAUCUUCAUCCCUCAUGAUCUGCCUCAGCCUCUAAGGCUGAAUUUUCAUUGGCCUGAGGUUUUUGUGAAAGACCGGAGCAUCUGGGACCAGGGGCGCCCUAGGCACUGUAAAGAGGUCUUGAUUGACCUGUGCCAUCUAUGUCCAAGUCAGGUUCCUUUCUCUGUCACUUCCCCUGAUGGGCUCUUCAUAAAGCAUCUGCCAUGAUUUUGGUUGACCCCAAGGGAAGUAGAGUGAAAGAGCCAAGAUCUUGGAGUUCCUGACCUAAUAAUACUAAUAACACUAAGUUAUUAUAAUUCUUAUUCUAGCUAUAUUUGGUUGCAUUCUAACUGGGUACCAGUGCUAAACUCUUGCACACAUGACUCAUUUAAUCCUUAUAGCGAACCCCCACCCCCUAAGAGUUGCUCUUAUUCCCAUUUCAUAGGUGAAAAGAGUAGGGCGGAGAGAGGCAAUCCAAGGUCAACAGGGGGGCAGGGAGGGGAAGGGGUAUUAUGGAGAUUCAGGGCCAAAAAUUAUACGAUUCCAGUGCCUCACUUUCAACCACCACACAACUCGGAAUCCCAGGUUGGGAAUGCAAAACAAAGUUAUGAAGGAAUCGGUUGGUCUCCUCUCCAUUUCUUUCGGCAAACUGGCAAGAAACCAGCUCUCUCCUCACAGCUAGCUUUGGGCCAAGAUUGGGGGCCUUUCUGAAGACUUCCUGCUGCUGGGAGUAGACACAACAUUUAGUUUUUGGCCAAAGUGAUUACCAACCCUAAAACUCCCCUGGAGAGCGACCCCUACCAGUCAAGGCUAGUUGUCAGCACGAACUCUCUAGGGUCCAGAACACAGUGCAUUCACAAAAAUGUAUGGGGCCAGGAAAAUCUCAGACAGACCCAAAGUGACACUCCUUUGCGUAAAUGGUGAGGACGUCUUUGCAAAUAUGGCUUCCUCUUGAUGCUGCCCCACAAUUUAGGAUAGAAGGAGCAAGGGGGAAAUUCUGCAACCCACAAAGCGAAGUAGGACAUUUGGCUUGAUUUCCUCACAUUCCUUCACCUGAUAUUCCUGCUCCCUCCCUAAAGGUGAUCUUCAACUGUGUUUUUAAUGACUUUGUGGCUUCUUGCUGAGUUUACAAAUGUUUAUCUUUCCUCAUUAAAUUGUUUUGGCACUUCAGUCAAAAAAAUC